UGGCAACCAAGAGCUGUACGCCAGGUAUUCACAUGAGGAGAUGAUGGCCUUCCUCAAGCUUCACCAAAUCCGGUCGUAUGUCAGGCGCAUUACCCAUGGGCUUGUGGAGACUGCUUUGGUGAUUGAGUCCAUCAUUGCCGAGUUCAGGGGACCAGCAGGCCUUGACAUUGAUGGAAUCCACAUUUUCAAGUCGACAGAGGCAGUCGAUGCUCACUCGACAACUGCGAGCAAGCAUCUCAGAUGCAUGCAGGAUCCCCCCUGGCAUACAGCUGUAUGUUUCUGUGAAGGUGGUGGUGCUGAAUGGCGUUCGGCUGAACAAGUACAGGUGCCGGCGAGGCAGUAAUUCUUUGGAGGGGUUGCGCGCGCACCUGUCCAAUGCCAUUCCUUCACAGAGAUGUGGGAUUAUGCCAUUCCAAGUAUACUUGAUAGCCUUUGCUAUGCAGUGGAACAACCGCAUGGCAUCACUCCGGGUUGCUGGUGGUCAGGGUCGGCAGACGUCGUGCAUGGACGUGCGGCAGAUCCAGCGCAUCAAUCAGCAGGCUGAGGUUCUCUUCGGCAAGGAUCACGUCCUGGAGCCCAACUUUGCUGCUCCAGUGCCCGUCCCUGAUGUAUAUGAGCACCCUGACGAGGAGGAGCUCCCUGGUGUGGAGUGUGGAGUGUGCCAAUCCACCAGCUUCACUGCUAUAGGGACUACUAUGUGCAGAAAGUUGAGGAAGAGCAGUCACGUGAGGAGUCGGAGAGGUCGGCUGGACAGGAACAGGGUGAAGAUGAAGAGGUGGCAGACGAGGGUCUUGGCAUGUCUUCAGAGUCAGAGGAGGAUCCUAUGCACAGCAUCUGUAGGAAGCAUGCUGUCCUCACCCAGGAAGAACAGGUGGAGGAGGAGGAUAGUCCUGCUCUGCAAGAUGUGCUCAUGAGCCAGAGACAUCUGCAUCUGCCAGGAAUAGAAGAAGUGGAGGCACUGGCCUUGCUGCUUCUAGAACUGGCAGACAACAGCAACCUCCACCUAGUGCCAGUGGACCUCAGGCAGAAGAUCGCCACCGCCGCCAGCUUUCUUCACGAGCACGACAAGACCGCCACUCGAUUCGUUAAACAGUACGAGUCCA